AUGAACCGGGAGAAUCCACCGCCACAAACGGUCCGGGAAAGGGCAGACAUCCUGGUGGACAUCGCCGAACUGUACUGGAGGAGCACGCCCGCGCUGGGAGCGAAGAUAGCAGAAAGUGACAAGCGAAAGGCUAGAUACCGCGGGAAAGAUGACAAGCCGUGGCAGACAAGUAGAAAAAUCCCCGACAAGAAGCCCCGAGGUGGACUGUCAGCGUGGAUUCAGGUUUCCACUUGGGCGGCAGUGAAAGGAGCACUUUGUGGCCUGCAGCUGAGGCACAGCAGACAGCGGCUCAAAGCAGCUCGGCAUCAGAGUCGAUCGUCACGUAGAUGUCCAGACCACACAGAUAUGAGGUGGGGGGGGGGGGAGGGAGGGAGGAGAGGGAGGGAGGAGAGGGAGGGGGGUGGGGCUCUCCGAUCCUUCAGCCGUCUCCCUGCGGUGGGCAUUAGGCUGCUGCUUCUGCUCAGACACAAAAACACUUCUUUCGUCUCUCAGUCCAUUAGAUCCAUAAACAUGAGAUACUCUUCACGGACGUCCCAGGCCAGCCAGACGGGCGUGUUGGGGGGUUUGUGGAAAUGA